AUGAACUGUGAGGAAAGUGUCGUAGAAACGAUCAUAACGACAUUUUUGUCGAAGUUCACGGAAAGCAUUCCAUUGGAAACGUACGCAGAACUUCUACAGGCGUUUUUUGAAAUCAGUCGUAAUCAUCUGAACGUGAUAAUGACGUCCGUGUGCGACUGUUGGCAAGCGCUGGCACGCGACAGCAAAACGUUUUCUGCGAUGCUAGAGCACUUGUUGGAACUGUCUGCAUCUAGCCAUCAAACGGAAAAGAAAGAUGGUGGUCGAAUAGACGCUGCUGUAGUGCUGCCAUUAGCUUCAACUUCUGCACUAAUUGAAGGUGCUGAAAACGAAGAGAUUCUCAGGCGCUUUUUUCCUGAACUCUAUACUACUCUUUUGCUUCAGUGCGGUCGACUUGUUGGCAGUGUAUUCGUGAAUUCAGCAGAAGUCUCUUCUGAAUACUUCCUUCAGAAUAAGCCCAUAUCUGUUGUUGUUCAUGCUCUUCGCACGCUUCUGAUCAGAUGUCAUUUGGACGAUGCCGCCGCUUUGACAGACACACUGAAUUUUCGACGCGACAUCGAAGAUACAUUGCACUACUACGAUUCGGUGUCAGAUUUAUCCAAGGUGGUCACCAACAGUGGCGCUUAUCUUGAUUCGAUCAAGGAUAUUUUGUACGAGCGCAGACUGUCGACUGAAUCAACCUGCAGAGUGGUGGUAAUGGCUGUUUUCUCCGCGUUUGUCAAGUGUUGUCAGACACGGACUCUUUCCUUCGCCGAAGAUGUGAUCGGUUCGUUGCUCUCUGGCCUGACCGACAAAGUGCUCGUCGUUCGCAAGGUGGCGGUUCGAGGCAUCGCUAACAUUGCUCACUGCGAAGACCCACUCUUCAAUCAGCAUUCAACGACGGCUUUAUUGGCGAUGAAGUCCGGACUGGACGAUUCGGCUGAUCACAAGGGUUCAUUCACUAUUAAUGAAAUUGCCUUUGAAGCCAUGCAGGGUUUGAGUAGACUUGCUGCUCGUUGUUCUAUUGACCAGUUGCAACCUCUUCUGAUAAGCAUUAUUUUACGGAUUCGACCAUGUUUUGAAAAGGAUAGUGCUGCCCUCAGGUCCGUCGCCUUCACGUUAUUUGGCAACCUGAUACGUUUCGGUUCUGAAUCAGACUUCGAAGAUCAGGUGCACAGCAGUUUGGUCCCAAUGCUGCUUCAUUUAGGCGAAGACUCCGAUGAAGACGGACGGAAAAUGGAAUUCUUAUAUUUUCCACCAAAAGAAAUCUCCGGUUACUGGCCUCAUCUGAACAUUGGUUUGGGGAAGGAAUUUUUAAAACAGUGCCUCAUUUGUUUUACCAACCCUAAAGACUACAUGGUAUUCAGGUGA